UUUGACAAUUGUAUGAUCUCAGGUCAGUGCAGCCCACAGCAUAGCAAUCAGCACAUUCAGAAUAGUUGCAUCCAGGGUUUGCAUUAGCUGGCAUAUGGCUGGAAUAUAAUGAGCCAACUGGCCAUCAAAAUAAAAGUUGAACGUGAACCCUAGUUGCAUCAUGACAUCCAAAUUUUUAUCUUCAGGGGAGUUGCGGGAUGGUUUUAACAAUUAUUAUUGUAUCUCUGGGUUUUUAAUUUACAAUUCAUAACACAAAUGGCAACAUUAAUUUUGCAGUUUGAAAUUUCUAACUUCCUUGUUAUGAAAACAUUGACACUUUUUAAAUAAAUCAGUGCAGAGAUGAUAAGUGUGUGUGGGAAUUCACUUUAUUCUUUGGAUGUGGAUCUUCGGGAUGAUUAAUUCCCUUCACCAUGGUGGAGACAAAGCAUGUGGUUUGCAUGUUGCUUUCUGCUCAGUUUGCGAUUUCUUCCAUCAUCUAGAAAAGGUAAACUGUUCAAGGUGGAAAAACUUACAGUCUGAUUAAAUCCAGUCAGUAACUCAGGAAAUGUGCUUUAUGUAUUUAAAUAUGAUCUGUGAUGUAACCUCUCAAUAGAAUAUUUUUUCCAAACUAUCUUUAUUGAUUUUAGCAACAAAAAAUAAAGAUAUACAAACAUUCCGGUAUGAGUAUAUAUGUAUGCACAGAUACUCAAAAAACUGGACACUUGAGCAAACUCUUGGUGUUACAGCAACACAUGUAAUCCACCCCUAACCCCGACCUCAAAGUGGAAAAAUAAAAUAAAUUUAAACCUACAGGUUUAGUAUUGUGUCAGAGUGAUACACUUCAGUUAAAGUAAAUAUUAAUGUUCAAAUGUUGACAAUAAUUUAAAAAAUCCUUGAGAGAUUUCAUCAUCCCAGAGGUUAAUCUAUAGCAGGUAACAAUGCUUCCAUCAUGUGGGCAUGUCUGUCCUCCCUAAAUAACACAACGCAUAACGUAAAGGGGCUCCAGAUGUUUUGAAAGAGUGAUUGAUAAUCCAGAUGGCAUAUGGAAUUUUGUCCAAGGGCAGAGUUGAAGAUAAUUCAGAAAUCCAUUUACCCAUACUCGACCUACCGACCUUUUUUCAUUAAAGAAUGAUAACUCUUUUAGCAAAUAAUAGACCCAUUUAAUGUGAUUAUCUGGAUAUAAGCCUAGUAUAAAAAGCUUUAAGGUCAAGAGGUAUUUGUAUGGAUAAAAUAUCCCUGGAUGUCUCUCUUACUGCUUCCCACAUCUUUUUGUUACCUGAGUACACUGCCAAAAACAGUGAAAACAUGUACCCUUUUCUGCAAUAUAGCCUACAUAAAUCAGGUAUGGCACUGUUGUAUUUAUUUAGCUAUUUGUGAUUGUGCUUUGGUGUGUGUCCUCUCUCAAUCCUUAAUGGUGACGCACUCAUGUAUGUCUUUCCUCAUGCCUUUAGUCUCUUUACAGAUGAAGGACUGGAGAUUAUACUGCAGUAGAAUAGUUAAACUUAAGAUGCACAGUCAGCACCAUGGACAAAACCUAAAAGGACUUCUUUAUUUCUUUAUUGUCAUUGUACAAACAUGCAACUAAAUUCAGGUGCACUCAAGGACUGGGUUCAUGUAUAAAAUAAGUAAUAAGCAGUAAUAAAAAUCAAUAAAUGCCUCCAUUCCCCUUAAAUUCUACACAAUAUUAAAUACACUUAAUAUGCUCAUUGCCAACCUAAGCAGUUAAAAUGGGAUUAAAAAAGAGAUCAUGCAAAUUAUUUCAUGAGCUACUUCGAUGAGAACUUUUUAAUAAUGUGUGGGAGGUAUCGGCUACUUUUGCUAUAUGCCAGGGGCCAGUCACAGAGGCCCUGCACAGGUCAGUUGUAUUAUUUUUUUGAUAUUUUAAAUCUUUAAUGCAUUCUGGCACAUUAUUUACAUUAACUGAAAAAAUGUAGGCCAGAUUUGGCCCACAGGCCAUGAGUUGAGUUGCACCUUUAAUAUGGUUUCUAUUUUAAUUAAAUGACACAUGAAAUAAUGAAGUCUGAUAUCGUUAUGAAAUAUUACAGAUGUCUUAUGCAUGACUACAUGAUAUCCUGUGUAUUACCACAGAGCUGAAUUGUCCUGGCAACCUAAAUUGGGAAGAAUGUGUAUGAGUAGCAACCGGUAGCAACACAGGGAAUCUCACAACUGUAAACUACGACUCCCACAAUGCUCUGCUGCCUCUUCAUUCGACACUUGCAGCGUAAGCUUUUCAUGUCUUCUUCCUCCGCUGCCGCCUGGUCAGAGAGUUUCACCGGUAAAACAUGGAGGUGACAGCAGCACGCCGGUCGUUUCUGUGCGAUAUCGGUUUCUGGGCAGACCGGACUGCCCUGCAUGAAGCAGCUUCCCACGGCAGGACCCUGCAGCUGAAACAGCUGAUAGAAAGUGGAGCAUCGGUCAACAUGGUGACGGUGGACAACAUCACUCCGCUCCAUGAAGCCUGCAUAAAGGCUCAUCCAAACUGUGCCCGGCUGCUGCUGGAGGCUGGAGCCCAGGUGGAUGUACGGACCAUUCAUGGGAGCACACCUUUGUGUCACGCGUGUGCCUCUGGCAGCCUGGAGUGUGCCAAGCUGCUUCUGGAGUAUGGAGCCAAUGUUAACCCUUCCCUCACUGCUCUCACGGCCUCGCCGCUCCACGAGGCCUGCAUACAAGGUAAUGUCGAAGUAGUGAGGUUGAUGAUAGCCAGCGGUGCCCAGCUGGAGGCUAAUGAUGUCCACUUUGGUCCACCACUCCACAUCGCAUGUGCCAAAGGACACAUGGACUGUGUCAAGGAGCUGCUCAAUGCAGGUGCCAAGGUGAACUCAGUUCGAUUCCAUGAGAUAGCUCUGCACCACGCAGCACGAGUCGACAUGGUGGACAUGGUUGAGCUGUUGAUGGAGUUUGGAGCCAACGCGUAUGCCAGCGACAACCUGGGGAAAAAGCCUGUAGACUACACAGCACCUGGGUCUACCACCCACACCUGCCUCAUGUUUUAUGAAAGUAAUCCUCUGAGCCUGCAGCAGCUUUGUAGAAUCACUGUGAGGAUGAUGCUCGGUACCAGAGCCUCAGAGGUCAUAGGUCACCUGGACGUAUCCCACCGCAUCCUCAGCUACCUGCAGUACUGUGAACCUCCUGCAUCACUACAGAGUGACACAUGAACGGAUGAAGCCUGAAUGAGAGACUGGUCAUCCUCAAAAAGAAGCAUCACGGACAAUAUUUGCUUAUAAUUCUUAAUAUAUUAGGUUAUUCAUUAUAUUUUUUAAUGUAUGACAUGCGAAUUAGGAAUUGUGUUGUCAUUGCUGCUUUGAUAUUGUUGUAUUGUAAAAUAAUGUUAUGUAUUAUAUAGCAUUAUAUAUCCUGACAUAGAAUA